CGCUGAUUGGCGGCCGCGCCCGCGCGGGGCCUGAUGGGAGCAGCGCCCGGGCGCCGCGCUCCUCCUGCGGCGGCGCUGGCGGCGGGCGGGAUGCGCGGCCCGGCCCGCGGCAGCUGUGAAGAUUGAUAGCUCUGCCAGCAUUUGUCCACAAUAGAAGAUGGGUGCAUUAAUUUCAAGAUGGAGGCAGGCAAAGCCCUCCACUGUAGAAGUAUUAGAAAAAAUAGAUAAGGAUAUAAAGAGAUUAGAAGAAUUUAGAGAAAAAAAUCAGAGGCUACAGAAACUAUGGGUUGGAAGGCUUCUUCUGUACUCCUCACUUCUUUACCUUAUUACUUGCUUAAUUGUAUAUUUGUGGUGUCUUCCUGACGAAUGGACAGCAAGGCUGACAAUGACACUUCCAUUUUUUGCAUUUCCAUUGAUAAUCUGGUGUAUAAGAACACUGCUCAUUUUUUUCUUUUCCAAACGGACAGAAAGGAAUAAUGAUGCGCUGGAAGAUUUAAAAUCCCAAAAGAAAAAAAUACUUGAGGAAGUAAUGGAAAAGGAAACAUACAAGACUGCUAAACUAAUCCUUGAAAGAUUUGAUCCAGGAUCAAGUGCAAAGGAAACUGAACUACCAUCUGCUGGAACAUCUGCAACCCCAAGACCUGGACAAGAAAUUCGUCAGAGGACUGCAGCUCAAAGAAACGCUUCUACACCCCCUGCAACUCCUAAGCAGGGCUCUCCAAAGUCCCCACUCGCAGCAUCUCCCAAUCUGCAGAGAGAGACGCCGGCUCCGAGCGGGCUCCCGGAAAGAGCGGCUGGGCCAUCCUUGCAAUCCAGUGUUUUACCAAGGCGCCCUGCAUCCCCUGCUACUUCAGUGCCUGGAAUGGGUCUUCAUCCUCCAGGCCCUCCUUUGGCAAGACCUGUUCUUCCUCGAGAAAGAGGAGUUGUGGAUAGAGUUAUUGAAUAUUUGGUUGGUGAUGGUCCUCAGAACAGGUAUGCCCUUAUAUGUCAGCAAUGUUUUUCUCACAAUGGUAUGGCUUUGAAGGAGGAGUUUGAAUACAUAGCAUUUAGGUGUGCCUACUGCUUCUUCCUGAACCCUGCAAGAAAAACUAGACCUCAAGCUCCACGACUUCCAGACUUCAGUUUUGAAAAAAAGCGAUGUACGGAAUUGGGAUCUGAAGCUGAGCCUCUAGAACCUAGAGACAGAAAGCCUCAGGAGACUCAAGAGACAAAAGAAUCUGAAGAUGAUGUGGUCCAGCUCGUUGAGACAAAUGGCACAGAUGAUAAAGCACCAAAUUCUGAGCAUCUAAAUGAUGAGCUAGCUGAAGAAGUUGAAAAAGAAGCAGAAAACAUUUCAGCAACUGAAGAGGCUAUUUCAGAGUCUACUUCAGCUGAACGAAGUGAAGGAUCUUUAAUAAAAGCAGAAUAAAAUACUUCAAGUGCCUUCUGUAGCUAGUUUUUAGCUUUGUUCAUGCCUGUUGUUACUAUUCAGGUGAGCUUUUUUUUAAUGGUACAACUUAAAAAUCUUGCUUGGGCUUAAACUGCCUCAACUGCCACAGUGUGUCAAAGCUAUGUGUAAAAGUGGAUAUUGUAAAUUAAGCAUGUCUCUAAGUUAACACAUAGAAUGUAUAGUUGGUUGAAGUCUAACAGUUGUAGCCCUUGUUUAGUUUGCAUAUUUAAAACCUUCAAAGUACAGGCUUUGCUGGGGUGACUUACAAUUUGACAUCUCUUUAGCUGUCACACAUAAAGAGCAAUUGCUGAUGGCAUCUGACCUAGUAAGUUUGGUCUAGUGAACUUAAGAUGCUUUUUAAUGCUGCCCUGUGAAAAUGAAUUGAGUACAUGUUUAAUACACAGAUGUUUACAAGAUGAAGUGUCAUCCGACAUUUGACUUAAGCAUAUGGAAGUGUCAUUGCAGUGGUGUUAAUAUUAUUCAUUGUCUAACUUUUUACAGAAUUCAGUUAAGUGGCACUUGGAAAAAUAGCAUUUCCUCUGGUGUUUGUGUUGCAGAUGAACCAGAGGCACCUACAUGAAAAAUUGUUUUGUGUUUACAUAAAAUAUAAAACGUCUCUGCACUUGAUUGUACUUGAAUACAAAGCACUAUUUAUACCUGUACAAUAAUGACAAGAUAUAAGUGAAUUUUGUGCCUUUAUGUAUUUUGUUAAAGGAAAAUAAAGACAUCUAGCAGCAAUA